CAUUGCCCGGAUGUGAGCGGCUCGCGAUGUGUCUUCCAGGGAAGCAUGCCAUUAGCCGUGUCUCCAUGGGGGAGGCCGCGGGGAUGAGGAGGAGAGCGCUGUAAACUUGGAGCAACUUUGGGACUGUGGGUGUCGUGGUGCUGCUUUGCUUUGCUUUUCUUUUUUUUUUUUUUUUUUUUUUUUUUUUUUAAAUUUUAAGGUGGUCCCAGAGAGCCACCGGCGAACAGUGUCACUCACUCGCCAUGUGUGUGUAAAAACAAUAGGGGAAAAGUUGUCGGACCUGUUUUUCUUACUGUUAUUUUUCAUUAUUUUUAUUUUCCGUUGUUAUUAUUUUUCAUUUUUUUAUUUUUUAUUAUUUUUAUUACUACUUCAUUUUUAAAAUAUUUUUCUUAUUUUUUUUACUAUUUUUUUUACUUUUUAUUACUUUUAUUUAUGAUUACUGUUAUUUUCUUUUUCUUACUUCUCGCUUUAUUUUUAAACCUUUUCCCCUAUUCGGGUGACCCCAGAGCGAAAGACCGGGUUGCCAGGAGCAGCACUUUUUUGGCUGUGUGACAUAAUAAAGCACUUUGGGCAGAAGAUUUCAUUUUGUAAUUUUUUUCCAUUUUUUAAAAAUUAUUUUUCCCUUUUUUUUUUUUUUCCCUUGGAAUAUUGUGAACAUAAUUGUGGCCAUUUAAGAUGUUUUCACCUCCCGUGAGCAGUGGCAAAAAUGGACCAACUUCCUUGGCGAGUGGACAUUUUUCUGGCUCAAAUGUAGAAGACAGAACUAGCUCAGGGUCCUGGGGGAAUGCAGGACAUCCUAGUCCAUCCAGGAACUAUGGAGAUGGGACUCACUAUGAUCAUAUGGCGAGCAGAGACCUCGGGUCACAUGACAAUCUCUCUCCUCCAUUUGUCAAUUCCAGAAUACAAAGUAAAACGGAAAGGGGAUCAUACUCGUCGUACGGAAGAGACUCCAGCUUGCAGGGUUGCCACCAGAAGUUCAGACAAAGAAAGUUCGCAAGGUUCCUCCAGGUUUGCCGUCCUCAGUUUAUGCCCCGUCCGCCAGCACUGCCGACUACAACCGCGAUUCCCCCGGUUACCCGUCGUCCAAACCAGCAGCCAGCACUUUCCCCAGCUCCUUCUUCAUGCAAGAUGGGCAUCACAGCGGUGACCCGUGGAGCUCGUCCGGUGGGAUGAACCAACCCGGUUACGGGGGGAUGCUGGGCAACUCCUCGCACCUCCCACAGUCCAGCAGCUACUGCAGCCUCCACCCGCACGAGCGCCUGAGCUACCCAUCCCACUCCUCAGCAGACAUCAACUCCAGUCUUCCUCCGAUGUCCACCUUCCACCGCAGCGGCACCAAUCACUACAGCGCCUCGUCCUGCACCCCCCCGGCCAAUGGGACGGACGGAAUCAUGGCCAACCGAGGAAGCGGGGCGGCGGGCAGCUCGCAGACGGGCGACGCACUGGGGAAAGCACUCGCAUCUGUGGGAGCGCAUCGUGAGGACGGCGUCGGCCUCCGCGCUGCUCACUCGCUCGUGCCCAAUCAGGUGCCGGUCCCGCAGCUUCCCGUCCAAUCAGCGACGUCCCCUGAGCUCAACCCGCCCCAGGAUCCUUACAGGGAGCGCAACCUGAACCCGAAGGCGGCGUGCCUGAAGCGGCGGGAAGAGGAGAAGGUGGCGGCCGAGCCCCCCCCGCUGGCGCUGGCGGGAGCGCACGCGCCCAUGGGAGACGGCGCCAACCACCUGGGGCAGAUGUGAAACGGAGGGAGGUGCGUCAUUAGCGCCUGAUUAGCGGGUUAUUAGCGUUAUUAGCCGGGUAUUAGGGGGUUAUUAGGGGGUUGUUAGGGUUAUUAGGAGGGUGUUAGGGGGUUUUUAGGGG